GGGAGGGAAGCGCGAAGCAGGCCCGGCCUCGCCCGCUCGUCCCGGGGGCGCCUUCGCCGCCGGUGCUGAGCCCCCUGCCCCCCCCGGCCAGGUACGUCCUCCGCACCCGAUGCGGCCGAGCGCCCCUCCUCUUCUCCCUCCCCCGCCAGGAUCAGAAAUCAACCCUCCGCCCCCCGGGAAGCACUUCAAAGGGCAGCUCUUUGGGUCGCCGCCCCUCUUGCUGCCCCCCGGGAAAGAGGAGCCCCUCCACGGAUCCUCAAAGGCAGCGCCUGCCCUCGUUUCUCUCUUGCCCCCCCCCCACUAUCCCACAAGGGAGGGACGGAGGUUCCUUUGGGGAGUCCCAUGCUAGAUUCCAGUGGGAAGGAGGCAGCGCCUUCCUCACUCUCGGCCCCCUGCACCCCAUCUUUGCAAGGCGUCCCUCUCCCCAUGGAAGCCCCUCUAGAUCGCAACAGACACCCCCUCUUGUUGCUGCCCCCCCCCAAAACUUGCAGCCAAGCUGUGCAACCCCAUGUUCUGUUUUGUUAAGCCCACCCCAGACCUCUGCACGGGUCCAGCUGGGAGGAGCCUGCCUGGCAAGGCCCCCUUUCCCACUCCCCAUUUGGCCUGGCUGCCCCCCCUUCUCACUGGCUCCCAUCCCCUUUGCUAACGGCUAAAUUUGAACCCAGAACCCAUUUUUUGCGUAUGCAUAGGACUCCCUGCAUCCCUAUAACUCUUCGUUCCUCCAAUCUGGAUUUUGAUUGGGGACUUGCUGCAAGGGUGGGGGGAGAUCAUGUAGGUAAGCAGGCACAGGCAGACAUGGAUCUCAGAGACCCGGGUUCAAGUCCCACCUCCAACACAGGCUCAUUGGGUCACCUUGCAGUGACAGAUGCUGCAGGAGUCCUGAGUGACUCCUGUUCCCCCCACAACAUCCAGAACAGAAGACCCCCUCAUUCUCCACCUCCGUGCAUAAUGCAAGGACCAGCCUGUACAUCCCACACCUGGGUGGACAUUCCCCAGCUGAGACACUGGGACAGGAACAUUGGGACAGGAAGUGUAUGUGAUUUGCACUUCCUGCUGGCUCUGCUUCUCCUAAUAUCAGAAAGGCUGAAGCUUUCAAGCCCCCGCCCCAGAACCCAGCUUGGCAGGCAGAGCACCCACCAGGUCCAGCCAGGGCAGAGGGAGCUCGAGAUCAGGAUGAGGGCCAUUUUGCAUGCUCCACCGUGUGUGCUGCAGCUCACUCUUGCCAUUGUCAAACCUGAUGCUGUGGCUCACCCCCUUUUCCUCAAGGCUGUGCACAAGAAGAUCCUGAACAACAGAUUCUUAAUCGUCAGGAGCAAGGAUCUGACAUGGAGCAGGCAGGAGAGCCAGCGGUUUUACAAGGAGCACUCAGGGCGCUUUUUCUACCAGAGGCUGGUGGAGUUCAUGUCCAGUGGCCCGAUGAGGGCCUACAUCCUGGCCCAUGAAGAAGCCAUCUCACUCUGGAGGUCUCUGAUGGGCCCCACCAAGGUGUUCCAUGCCCAGCACACAGACCCAGAGUCCAUCCGUGGGGCAUUUGGCCUCACCGACACUCGGAACACCGUGCAUGGCUCAGAUUCAGCAGCAUCAGCCAGCAGGGAAAUCGCCUUCUUCUUCCCAGAUUUCAGCGAAGAGGACUGGUACCGGAAUGAAGAGCCUCAGCUGCGUGGCAGGGCAGGUUGCUCUGACAUCAAGGCGAUUGUUCACGUGCCAAGAGAUGGCUGGACAGAGGCAGACUGAGAGACACAUGGAUCAGGACGGGUCAGAGUUCCAGAAAGGACGCGUGGAUGCUCACUUGAUGACGGGGGCACCUUUCUGUCCCCAAAGAGCAUCAGUGCUAAAUGCAUCACGGCAUGCUCAGGGAUAGCUGCGGUGUAUGUCUCCUCCCUGGAUAAGAACAGGCCUCAGCCAGACACGUUCAGCUGUACCCGACAGCCACUAAAACCAGUUUAUAGCUAGCCCAGGCUGGAUUAAGGUGUGCACAUUUGGGGAUCCAUCAGAAAUGCUCCGUUCCUUUUGGGCUUCAUAAUGCCUUUUUCUGUUUUUUCCCCUGCCAUUUCCACAGUCUGUGCCAGACAGUAUAUGCAUCCGUGCCCAUGUGCAAUCUUCACUGUGGCCAACGCCUUCCCAGGAGUGUUCAGAGGGUGGGGCAGGGUUUGCACGGUAAGGUGCAGCCAGUGUUUGAUUGCUCAUGGAAGAGGUGCUUUGGCUUAAGAUUGUCACAAGGUCAUGAUUCUGAGUAGCGAUAAACUUGCCUUCGAAUCCAAAAUA